AUGGCCUUGCCCGUCAAUGGUUACACAGACGUCACCGCACAGGGCAAAGGUGUUUUUGGCAUCUUGGAUACUGGAGCAAGCAGUGUUGUGAUGGGACACCAAACUAUGCUCAUGGUCCUCACCUACUUACAGAGUAAUGGUGUUGACAUUGGUUGCAUUGAGUUUCGCCCCGCAAACAAGUUGUUUCAGUUUGGAGGAGACCAUACUGGACAUGCUGCUUGGUCGAUCCACUUGCCGGUGAUCAUUGACACCAAGUCGGGACGAAUCCAAGUUUUCAUUGUUGAUGGUUCCACUCCAUUCUUGGUUGGUCGGCCGAUUUUGGCCCACUUUGGCAUCAAGAUUGACUACCAGAAGGACACUCUGUCCUACAACGAUGGACCUUGGCAUGACGCUCAACGAGGUUCAAAAGGAGAAUACAUGAUGCCAAUGUUCCUUGAUGGUCAAGAGUGGACACCCCAACUUUGGCAUUUUGACCUCAUGACCGACGACACCAUUGAGAAUGUCCCCGACCUUCAUGACGGCACAGUUGAUUUUCAGAGCUAUUUGGAACAGACAGGUCGCUCUCCGGGUGAAGUGCUUCUCCACGUCAAUGAUGAGGACCUCAUCGACGUCUCUGGACAAGACAUGAACUAUGAUGAAGACCCCGGAGCUGUCUACAAGCCCGUUGGCCUGAAGUUGAUGAAAAGCAUACAGAACCAACAACAAUAUCAACUGGCUCAACAAAAGCAUAUGGUUCAUCAAGCCCUGGCCGUCUAUGAGAAGGGACAGCUUCAAAGUUGGGAGCUAUACAGUGGCAGUGGCAACCUCAGCAAAGAACUCGCCAACCUUGGCCAUGCAGUUCUGACCUUCGACAUCAACAAUGGUUGGGACUUCACUCAGCGUGCUCACCAGAAAGCUUUUCUGGACCUGCAAGAACAGAUGGCACCUCGCUUUGUUUGGCUUGCACCACCGUGUCGAAAAUGGAGCCCUCUUCAACGACUUCGAUGCCGUGACCCAUGGCAACGUGAAGUGCUUCAAGCGGAACGUGAUGUUGAAGAGAACACGCAUCUCCGUUUUUCAAAGAAAGUGUACUGCAAUCAGCUCAAGCGCAAAGACCAUGCCAUCUUGGAGUCACCCAAACCUGCGGAUAGUUGGAAGACAAGAACCUUCAAAAGCAUGGAUGAACAAUGGUACAAAGGACACUUGGAUCAAUGUGCUGUCGGAGCUCAACUACCUGAUCAUGAUGGACAAUGGCUUCCAAUCAAGAAGCCUACGACGUUGGCAGCGUCAGAUCCCAAGUUGGCUGAGAUGAUCACGGCCACAUGUCCUGGCUGUCCAUGUCAUCUUCCACUUGAAGGCAGUUCUCCGAUGGUUGGCAAUCGUGCUUCAGCUGCAGCAGUGUAUCAGCCCUCCAUGUGUCAACAUCUGGCUCAAGCAAUUCAGCACUUCUUGAUGGAAGAGAUCUAUGUUGGUGAAGAUGUUGAACCUGAGAAGCAAGAACAGCAAUACCGAGGCAUCAUGAAGCGACUCAUUCCCAAGAAUGCCUCUGAAGCUACACGGACGAUCGCUCGCCUACACCGGAAUCUUGGUCAUCCACCGAAAGCUCAACUCCGACGAGUUCUUCAAGAGCAAAAGUGCAGUGAACUCCUCAUGCAGGCCUUGGAAGAUUUUGACUGCCCCCUGUGUCAGCAGAGACAACCUCCACCACAAGUUCCGAAGACUGGACUCUACCGUGGCACGUUCUUCAAUGACCGUGUUCAGGCUGACACUAUGUGGUUGAAGUUGAAACGUGAUGAAUCUUCUCGACCGAUCCCGAUUUUGGUCAUCUCCGACUGCACGACUCGUUUAGAGAAAGAAGAAGAUGAUGAUAUGCCCAACACUGAAGUCGCUCCACCAGAAGGUCUUCCUCCUGAACCUCCUGGACUCAAGAGAUCAUUGACCACUCACGAUAGCGACGUCAGUGAUGAAGCUGACAACAACUCGGAGUACACUCCAACUGAACCACCUGAAGAACCUGGACCUGCUAAAGUACCACGGAUUGGAGUCGACGAACCACAUUCUUCAUCUUUGCCAAUGCCCUUGGAGCAUGAGAAAAAGGAAGGUGACCCUUCGGGGGAUGUUUUGCCAAAAGCUGAAAAGCUUGCGAAAAAGGAAGGUGACCCUACGGGGGAAAUCGAUGAAAGUUAUAAAGAAAAGGGCGGUGAAACUUUUGCUGAAAAGGCCAAGCGAUUCAGUCAACAAGAGACCAUUUCCUUUGGGCCAACCAGAGCAAAAGCUUCGACAGAGUCUCGAUCAACUCCCUAUGGCGACAAGCCUCUCAGCGAUGACCUUGCACUCACCUCGCAGGAGAUCGGCAUUGAUCUCUUGAAUGAUUGUCAGCUUCCUGAUGGCUGGCAUUGUAAAGAUGGUUUUGUGGUCUUGGGAGAAGUGCACGACGUGUGGGAACUUCGUGGCAAUCACCUCAUCUUGAACCACUUCCUGCCACGAGUUGGAACAUAUACUCCGACCACAGAAGACUGCCCUAUCAAGCUGGAGUACCUGACCAAAGAUCGUGAUUCGUAUGAUGGUUCGCAACAUCAUCAUGAUCGCUGGAAGAAUAAAGGCACCACCUCCACCGGUGUCUGGACAGGUCAGACUCGCUUCAAGAUCAACGCCUGUGAUCGAAAAGCUGCCCAUGAACAGUUCUAUGCUGACGAGAUCCAAGCAGCAUGUGGCGCUGAUAAGCGCACGGCAAUAGAAACGUUGGUUUGUCAAGACAAACUUCGCGCCUGCCGAGCUUCAGUGAAAUGGGUGAGUUCGGAGAUGCAGUAUGCUGACAGCCUCACGAAAGCAGAUAGCUCGCAAUUGCUGGCUGACCGCUUGAGGACGCAUGUCACGAAGAUCACCUCCGACGAAGGCUUUCAAGCUGCAAAGAAAAAGGAUGCCCAGACCCGCAAGCGAAACACAGAGAUGUUUGCAGUAAAGCGUGCAUCGAGAGCCAUGCAGGACAAUGUGACCUUGGCUGAGGACAACACGACCAAUGCAAGUUCUCAGACCGAAGCUUCGAACCUGACCGACUCCUCGACCAUGACGGAGUGGGACCUGCCGACCUUUCAGCGUCGUUUCCGCGAACGCACACGACAGCUUGCGGAUUUGCAGGUGACAAACCAUGUUCUUCACGAAGAACAUCGAGCUCUCAUGGAAGAGCAUGAAGUGACGGUGAACGACCGUGAAGCGCUCAUCGACGCGUUCAACCAGUUGAAGGAAAACUUUGAAACUGUCAAAGAGCAGCGCAAUGCCAUGAAGGAGCGCUACAUCGAGAUCCAAAGGAUCUUGCAUGAUGUUCAAUUUGAGAAGGACCAGUUCAUCAAAGAAAGGAUCGUGACGAUCAUGGAGCAACUCGAUCGGCAGAGCUUCUACUUCACCAGAAGCGGCACCGUGUUUCAUCGAGAUCGAGCUUGUUUGGAAUGCCGGUCCAUGCAUGAGAUUCAAGAAAGAGCACCUUGCUCUUUGUGCAUCGGCGCUUUUGGCAGGACAAUGCUGCGCCAGGCCCGUGAGAUUCUCGGCAUCCCCACCAACGACGACUACUGGUCGUUGAGCUUCCGAAGAGAACGCCGUGAAGCCGGAUUUGAUGCGCCAUAG